GGGACGGCCACCUGGCAUGUUCGAACGGGGCCGUUGCAUUUGCAGGCGUGCUCCAUCAUGCACAGAUGCGCCGCCAAUGCGAGCUUGCUUUCAUGGCGCACUGGUCAGGGACGUCAGGAAGGAGGGACACGUAACAAUUGCAGCGUAAUGAGAUGGCAUUCGCAUCAUUGACCGCUGCACAAUCCCAAUUUAGCUGCAGACCUUCCACGUUGUGGUGCGGAAGACGAGGGAGAACCGGGUUGCCAGCUUCCUCGUCAGAGUCAAGGAAUUGGCCAUUCUUUGUGGGCGGAACAGGAGCAAGGGUGAAGAUGGCACAAGCAGAGAGCGGUGCGAUGCGAGCCAAGGGUUCUGCGAAUGAACCUGGCCUCCCUUUCAAGGAGCAGACUCUCAAGGUCGCCUACACAGCCCUAGGGACUGCGGGGAUGCUGAUGGCAGCGGCCAAGAUCGCUUUUCCAGCACAGGUGUUGGCCCUCGACUUCCCAGGGACUGCAAUCACCGCAGAGCUCUGCAGGGCCCAAAGAGUGCUUGGGGGCGCCUUGCUACCAGGAGUGGCUGCCGCUUUCGUGCUGAGGGACGCGGCAGAAAGAAAAGAGCUCGACACUGGCGAUGCUCUGCGCCUCAACAUUGGCCUCGUAGCUUUUGGAGUUGGAGUGGCCAACUCUCUGACACGGAUCCCCGUUGGGGUCAUCCUUGACAGCAAAGCAAAUGCUCUCGGCUUAGUGUCAUCGGCGGCAUCAAUCAUUGUGGGCUGCAUCGGUGCCAGUGCUGCAUUCACUUCGAAGCACCGCUCCACCAACAAGGGGGUUGCCGAUGGGAAGGCAGCGUUGCUCUCCUUCAUCAAGCCCAAAAACGCGUCAUCGCUGCUGUAUGGCGUGUUCUCCAUAAUCUUUGGCUACGCCGCCCUCUCAACAUUCCGCCAGCCGAGCGCGCCUCCAAAUCUCAGCAUCCCGUUCGUGUACACGGGAGUCGGCGCCAGCGUGCUGCUGGAGCUGCUCAUGGCGUCCGGAACGCUCGUGGCGCCUCUUGCUGCGCUGACGCUGAAAGCUGCGUCCGACAAGGGACAGCUGUCGUCCCGGCGGGCCAAGCUGCUGAAUGGCGGGAUCCUAGGGGUGGCUGCGGGCUUCGGGGUCACGAUGGUUGAGGGCAUGGUCACGUUGGGCGCGUUUCCCACGCCCAUUCUAGUUCGGGUGGGCAUCUGGGCGGUAGUGGGAGUCACGAGCGGUCUGAAUUUGUUCAAGGGGAAGAAGCGGGACUAAGGUACGGAUCAGGUCAAGAAAAAUCUACUAUCAGAUGUUCGUAAGUCAGGCGUGACUUAGACGAACUUCGGAGAAGCUUUUUCAGCCGAAACCGGGGGGCGCUGCAUUCCACUCGUUGAGAGUCGUCAAGAAGGGUACAACCACGUUGUAGAGGACCUUCAAACAGCAGUGGUUUAGGGGACGGUGAGAGCUCACUGGGGGUAUUUAUGAGGCGGAUAAUUCAUCUACCUCAAGUGAAGAGAAGCGUGCAAGCUGUGCGUCAGUCCCCAUGCCGUUUCUUAGACAUUUAGUUAUCAAUGAUGAAAAGCCGACGGAUGACCUUCAACUUCUGCAAUUGUCUUGUAAAAAAAAUGAGAUUCCUCCCCGAGUCCUCAUGCGUAGUAGUACCACGACGGCUAAAACAUUGGAUUACACAGAGUCAUCUUUCUCCA